UGGAAGAAAUGAAAGAGUUACCGGCCCCAAGAACGCUCAGCUGCUCUGCAUCAAUGGAGGAAGUCCUCGGCAACCGAGCACUCCACAACUUUUACGGAUUCUAGAAGAAACAAUACAGAAGAAAGUACCAAAGCAGCUGUUCCAGAAUCAGUCUGAACUGAAUAAGGAUAAGUACCGACUGACGUUCAACAUACCAGAGACGACAACACAGAACCUGUUCCAAUACAGGACGAAGUUUGUACAGCAUAUGCUGACAAGCCCAAUGUACGCGAACAGCGCUGUCGGGAAACCGUGGGAGAUAAUUGGCAGCAUUUCAGAGAGAAUAAUCGACGAACUUCUACUGUCUGUGGCGAAAGAGAUGGAGAUAGGUAGAGUGACACAAGAGUUGUAUAGGGCGGAGACACGAUGAGUUUUAGAAAUGAUUUUCAUUGCGUAUAUUUUUCUAGUUGUUUGUUGUUUGUAAUAAAAAUUAAUUUGUUCAGUGAUA